GGCAAUCAAGGGAGGAUAAAUGCCAAACAAACACGUACAUAUUUCCAUCCCUCUCCAGCCUGGAAUUUAAACACUCCACGCCCCUUCUUCUUCUCACCACCUAUCUGUCUCUACUUAUUCAAGCACCAUGCAGACCCUCAAAUUUACCCUCUUGAGCGCCAUGCUCUUUUCGUCGUCGAUUCUGGCGGCUCGUUCAAACACGACGACGAUUGGACUCGAUCUCGAGGAGAAAAAACGCGGCCUCAACAGUCCACCUGGCCGAUGUCCGGCUCUUGAAGUACCCUUGGAUGAUUGUGCUUCGGUGGAGCAAGAAAAAGUGCAUACCGUCGCAAUAAACAAAAAGUGUCUUUUCUUCACAGGCCCUCUCUGCACCGGCCGAACAGCGACGCUUGCUCCAGGCGAGCACAACUCCAAAGACCCCGUUCCCAUCGAAAGCGUGUAUUGUCCGAAAUAGAGAGGAGGGAGUCAGUCAGUAUCUGCAGAUAUAAUACAUUUAAUGAAUCUUCUUUCUCAAUUCCAAGAUUCUCUUGCUUCCUUCUUCAAACGAUUCCUUCGAUAUCUUUUCAUGCUUCAAUCCAUCGACCAACGCGUCAACAACCUUCUGUCCCUGUGACACGUCUCGUGCCGAGGCGAGGAUGAUAUCCAUUCCUGCCUGCGUCGCGAGAACAGCUCGAGCAGCAUCAUCUCCGAAUUCUUUCAACGCACCAGCCUCGAUGGCAUCGCUAAUCGUAACUCCCUUGAAUCCAAUACGCUCUCGUAGUUCUUUCAGCCACGCACUGC